AUGGCAACCUGUGAGAGCCUGCAACACAUCUUUGAUAACAUAUUGCCAGAAAAUCCAACACUGCUUGAAUCCCUUUCAUGGAACAAAAUUAAACCAGUAAAAUCCUUAGAGUCCUCUUCCUCUACUUGUACUGAGAUAUUUGGUGAACUCCAUUUUAAGGAAUCGUCACCACCUUCAUCAACAACAGAGAUAAACAACACAAAGCUAAACCAGAACAAAGACUCUGAGUCUUGUGAUACUAGUCAAACACCAUCUUCACCUUCUUUUUUAAUUCCUCAGAUAACAAGCCCUGCCAAGAGCAAGGACAAAAGCAGUGGCAGCUUUUCAUGGUUGAGUUCUGAAAGCAUGCAUCUUUGUACGGAAGGUCUUGGUUUCGAGAGCUCAGAUGAUGUUGAGGACUCAAAGAGUGGAAUAAAUGAAUAUAGGCAAAUCGAUCAAAAUGAGAAACAUGUCGAACAUCGUUUAUCUUCAAGAGAUCAUUCUUAUGGAGAAUGUAGGAGGUCAAGGGUUAGUGAAUACCCUCCUCCCAUUUCAAGCAUAGGGAGAACAGGGAAGCCUGGGGUUUAUUUCAGGUCUUAUAGGGAUAAUGGAAGAUUUGUCCUCGAAGAGGUAAGGAUACCGACACAAGAGUUCCUUCGUGCUUAUAGAGAGGAUGGAAGGCUCAAGCUGCAGUUUGUUCAUCCUCCGGAAGACGAGUUUAUGGAAGAGGAAGGAGAAGAAGAGGAUGAUACAGGAAGCACAGAUGAUGAAAGACAAGAUAUUGGAAAAGAAGUUGAUGAUUGUGUAACACAUCAUUCAAGUGAAGAAAAUGAGAUUGCUUGA